GCGCGCGAGCUGGCCGUUUGAAAACAUGGCGCCGGCGGGCCCGCGGCUGGUGCUCUGUGAGGAGAGGAUCCGGGAGAAGAGCGGCCUGCCGCCUCACCGUGACCUGGCUGAACUUCGGACGUUAUCUGUUCCCGGAACUUACCAAGAAAAGAUCACGCACCUGGGGAACGCCUUGAUGCACCUGACAGGCCUGACAUCCUUAGAUCUCUCACGCAACGCCUUGGUCAGCCUGGAGGGCAUCCAGUACCUGGCGGCCCUGCAGAGCCUCAACCUGUACUACAACUGCAUCUCCUCGCUGGCGGAGGUGCUGCGGCUGCGCGCCCUGGCGCGGCUCUCGGACCUGGACCUCCGGCUGAACCCCGUGGUGCAGUGCGAGCCCGAUAGCCGGCUGCUCGUGCUGCAUGUGCUGCCACAGCUCAGGCGGCUGGAUGACCGCCCUGUGAGAGAGAGCGAGCGGACAGCCUCCCGGCUGCACUUUGCAUCCGAGGACUCCUUGGACUCCCCACAGAGCUCCCCAGCGUUUCUCAGGGUCAGCAGGCCGCGCCUCUGCAGGGCCAGGCGCAAGGACCCGGCGGCCAAGAAGGGCCUGGCCCUGGACGCCGACGAUGAGGCGGUGCUGAACCUCAUCGCCGAGUGCGAGUGGGGUCUGAGCACGCCCCCUGGGAGCGCCAGCUCCGGCCAGAAGGAGCGAGAGGUGGACCUCCGUGGUCCCCAAGGCCCCACGGACUCCGGGGACUCGGGCGCCUCUUCACAGAGGCCGAGUCUGUCAGCACAGACGCUGCUGGAGCCUCCGCCUGUGCCUGGGAAGUGCAGGAAGCGAAGGGUGCUGGGCGGGCGGGCCCAGGCCCCUGUGGAGCAGGAGUGUCUGACCUGCCUGGAGCUGCCCGAGGGGCCUGCCAGCCCCGCCAGCCCAGCCAGCCCCGGGGAGGGCCUGAGCAGCUCCGAGGGCCAGCAUGAGCAGACCUUCCCUCCCAAAGAGGUGUCGGAGCCGGGGGAGCCCAGGACCCCCAGCUGGGGCAGCGCCAGACAGGCGUCUCCCAGGUUGCCCGUGGCCCCAGCGCCCAAGAGGAAGGCUGCCCUGGAGCUGGCGCGGCUGGAGGCACUGCUGGACCUGGUGGACCGCCACUGGAGCGGCCGCAGGUCUCUGCACAGCCACGAGGCCUUCCUGGGACGACUUGAAGCAACACCUGGACAAAUCUUUGCAGGAGAACAGCAGCUUAAAAUUGCUUUUGUCCACCAUGAAGCAAGAAGUAAGAGAUGCAGACGCGUCGGCUGCGCUGGGCGUGCAGGUCUCAGGGCUUCAGACCAGCGUGAAGAGGCUCUCGGCCGAGAUUGUGGAGCUGAAGGAGCUCCUGGAGCAUGGCGGCAUGGCCCGGGAGCUCACGCAUAUGCUGCAGGAGAGCCACAGCUCCCUGGUCAGCACCAACGAGCGCCUCCUGCAGGAGCUGAGCAAGCUGCAGGCGCAGCACCAGGCCGAGGUGGAGCAGCUGCACUGGAGCUACAGGCAGCUCAAGAAGACUCUGGCCCUGGCCCCCCAUGGCCCCCCCGCCAGCGGCGCCAGCCUGGGAGGCCGCUCGUGAGAUGUGGAGGUGGGGUCCAGCCUGUGCGGCCAUCUCCAGGGGGCUUGGUGAGCUGUGCUCAGCCCGUGGCUGUUUUCUGAACCCGCGCGAAGACGGGGCUAAUCCCAGGCUCCCUCGUGAGACGAACGCGCCGACUGUUCUGAGACAAACAGCCUUUUUCAUGACUGUCUAGUGACGGGGCCGAGGUGGCCCUUCUGCCGCUGGCCUCUGGUGGGGGAGGAGUCGUAGCCAAUAAACUCAUACGUUGUUCCCACAGGUGCCUCUUCAGGCUCCAGCUGCGUCUCUCCCGUGGCGCUGCUGUGCCUCGUGCGGGGAGCGGGCCGGGCCGCGCUGGUGGUGGGAGGCU